AUGGGUAAACGAGCCUUACUCUCUAAUCUGAAAGUGUUAUUGCUCGAAGGUAGACAAAGUCAAAAGUUUGAUUUGAAACCAGAAUAUAGUAAUAGAGUAGUUGCUUUAAAUCAAAAUACUAAGUCCUUAAUGAAUUCCUUAAAUGUCUGGGAGCAUGUCGAAAAAAUGCGUCUUCAGCCUGUGAGAUACAUGCAGGUUUGGGAUGCUUGUUCAGAUGCCUUAAUUUCAUUCAGCAGUUCUGAUGUACUAGAUGAUGAUGUAGCAUACAUUGUUGAAAAUGAUUUAUUGCUUCAUGCUAUAGACAAAGAAUUGAAAAGCCCAAAUGUCAAAAAUGUUGACAUAGUUUACGGGGCAAAAAUUUCUGGUUAUGAGUUGCCACAAAAAAAUGAUCUGAAAAUGGAGACCAUCGUUAAUAUGAACAAUGGAGAUGCAUAUACAUGCCAGCUGUUGGUACUUCACUUCAUA